AUGAAUGUUAUUAUCUUACCGUUCAGAGUGGACUCUCCUUCUGUAGCCCUGCGGCAUUUUGCUGCCCCGGAGCUUCUCCGCAUGCACCUCUCACAGUGCACCUCCUCAUCCUCUAUUCACAAUAUGCCGCCAAUCACCCUCGGCAAACUUGCUACUAUAAAGCCAAUGUUACUUCCCAACAGUCCAGAAAGGACAGAACACAUAGUAUCCUAUGCACAAGUAAGGACAGUGUAUCGUUCUACAGACACAGGCGAAGAGUCUACCGUCUAUUCCUGGAAGUAUAAGGUGUGGGGCCAAGUGAAGAGAAACAUUAGCUACCUUUCUUCCCCUUCUCUUGCAUUCCCAGCAGAAGCAAUCAUUCCCCUACCAUCAUUGUUGGAGCAGACAACACUCUACCCUACUCCAAGGCUCCAUCGAGUCUAUCUAACUUUCACCCCAAAGUCACACGGAAACUUCGACUGGAUGAUAGACUACGAUACCCCCAUGUGUCUCCAGUCUUUACCUCAGAGUGUUCUCACCCAGAGUUCCCUGGCCAUGCUUAUGGAGGUACUCUUUGCAGUUCGUCCAAUCUGGACUAUAGACAUGUUAUAUAGAUUGUUUCAAAGAGAAGCGGUAUUUACCUUACGGUUUGCAACUUCAAUAGCCGAUGGUCUCAGGCGCGCUGCACAGUAUCUCAAUCAAUUGGAGAGUAUCACCUCGGACAUCUUUCAUGUAGAGAGAACAGCAGCACAAAUAUCGGACGGGAGCUCUUAUAGAGUUACACUCCGAUCCGCUACAAGGUUCCAGUGUAUCACUGCAGUACAGCAAGUGGCCUAUACCUACACGAACGGACCAUGGAGAUACGUGUGGAUACGCCGAGGAUUGGAUAUACGGCUUCAUCCCCACCUGGGACUACAAGCUAAAAGUGUCGACGUACGCUUUCGUGGUGAGCUUCUAGAACAACUGAAGAGCAUAAUUAAGACAAAGAGUGGCAACGACUAUGAGGCGUUUGUGGCCAGCCUUCCACAAUACCUUCUUGGACCUUUUGAAGCAAUCUUCAAACCAGGGCCGUCGCUUCUUCAAAACUACAACAGAUGCAUAUGCGACCUCCCUCAAGAAAUGGUCAGCUGGGACGGUGAAAUUCUUGCGGAAGUGUGCACUAAGCAAAGCGGAUUUUGCACACAGCAAUACCUAGACCAUGUACGCUCUCAGCUUCUCAAUUAUAUCAAUUCUGUGGUCAACGAAAUAGCGACCGUCUAUAGUCCAGCUUUUGGACGAGUGAUUGACGGCGCCAACACCAGACCUGAACCAAAGUUCUUAGAAUUGAACCAGACAGGGCUUGUUAGCUCAGAGUUGGUAGAUGCUCUCAAAUGUGACGGUGUUCCUCAUUUUGAUUGUACGGUAAUACAAUUGGAACCGUUGAAAAAUAAAAGACAGACUACAAUCCAUUCAACUUCUGAACCAGAUAAUUGA